ACAGAUCCCCGGACACCACCGCUGGCCAUACAAGACGAAACAGCACCAGACUCGUGUGAAAGACAGGAAAUAGAUACAAGAUAUAUACACAGGGAAACACAUCAGCAGGCCGUGCCAUCAGGGGGAAGGGCUGCCAGAAACAUUACAUCCCAUAAUAGUUUGCUAGAACAAUGGGAUACACCAUGUGGCAGUAGACAAUACACAAACACAUACAUCCCAUAAUAGUUUGCUCUCAAGCAAGACACACAAUAGAACAAUGGGACAACCACAUGGCAUUAAACAAUGAACAACCCCCACCCCACCUAUACAUGUCUACACAAUAGCACGACAUUUCACCCUGCACCCCUAA